AUGAUUGAGCAAAAGAAGGACUUCUUCCCGGGCUUCAGCCCCUUGUCCGACCAAGUCUUCAUCCGCCAUCCAGACCCUGAAAGUGAUGCCGUCCCGCGCCCAACCGAUCCCCGAGCCGUGCUCAUCUACUCCUGGGGCGACGGCCAGCCCAAGAACCUGAUCAAAUAUGCCGACGGAUACCGCGCUCUCUUUCCCUGCUCAACGCAGAUUGUCGUCCUGGCGCCCAUCUCCAAGGCCAUGUGGUCCGGCCUCGACCAGCGCACGCAGUCCAUGCGGCCCGUCAUCGACGCCAUCUUCCCUCGCGAAUCGGAAGACGACAGGGAUGCGCAAAAGACAGAAGACCGCGUGCUGGCUCACAUCAUGUCCAACACGGGCGGCAUCAACUACGCCGCGACGCUCAACGCCUAUCGCCUCGUCCACGAUAAGCCUAUGCCGCAUCACCUGCUGGUGCUCGACUCAACGCCGGGAAGCGUCAUCAUGACCCGCGAGAACCUGGCCCGCUGGUCGCGCGCAAUGGCUCUGGGCACGGCAAACUGGUUCCCCUGGCCGUUUGGCGUGACGCAGACCCUCUGGGCGGGAUUCCUCUGCGGAAACCGCUUCCUCGAGUGGGUUAUUGGAAAGGAGCCCGCGCCGGCAUUCAGUGUCAAGGCGGUGAUCAACCCCUACUAUGAGACCAAGGACACGCGGCACUUGUACAUCUAUAGCGAGGACGACGACAUUAUCCCCUAUCAGGAUAUCGAAGAGCACAUUGCGGAGGCGAGGAAAAGGGGGUACAAGUCUGAUAACCACAUGUUCAAGGGCAGCGGCCAUGUGCGCCACAUGCAGAUGUUUAAUGAGGAGUACUGGGGCGCUAUUCGGACCUCGUGGAACAGAGCGACGAGCGAGCCCUCCGAUGAGGCGUGA